UGUAUUUUCAGAUUCCGUGACCGUGCUUUACGUGAGUUGGUGUUAACAUCAGGUCCAAAUGAUUUUAAUAAUAUAAAAUAGAUGUGAUUGGACAUCACCAGAGUGAAUUUGGGUAUCAUUGGAGUGAUUUUCAGUUAAACAGGGAGUGUCGUGGAAGAUCAGUUGUUCAAUGCAGAAAGAAAUCACGAAGACCAAGGAGCCAGGUUUCAAGAAGUUCAAUCUUUAUUUGCUCGAGCAAGCAAAAGUGAGAGACACAGAGUUCAUCUGAAGAUGUCCAACAAAUACAUAUCUGACUCCAUACUUUAUACAGAAAUCUCAAGUUGUUUUUCACAUUGUUAGCCAAAUCAGGCUUCACAUGAUAUCAUCUUUUGCCAAUCAGGUUUAACAUGAUAUCACCUUUUUAUUAGCACAUCCCCUUUCUGGGUUGUUACCAUUAUAUUUAAAUCGUGUCUGUGCUCGCUACAGUUAUCUUUCUAGCCCACCAUAUUAGGAUUUAAUCGUAGCGAGCGCCUUUCAGAAUUGUUUAAAGAAAAAUAUACUGUAUAUAUCAUGAUGGACCCUUUUAAAACCUUUUAGCAGGUAGGUGUAUAUCAUAAUGUUAUUUACUAGACACCUUUCUUGCUUACUACAGUUUUAUGGUUUAACAUGAACUCAUGGUUAAGUGUAAUAUUGUGCAGUUUGUUUAAAAAAUGUAAUAAUGAACACACCAGUGUUCGUGACUUUGUGCAAUAAAUUAAAUAAUGCACAAACUAGUGUCUACUUUUGUGGUAUAAAUUAAAUAAUAAACAAACUAAUGUCUACAAAAGCGUGUGCGUGUUGUAAGUGUAAUAUUGUGCAGGUGCCUGGUGGUGCUUGGUGCUCAAACCAUGAGGCCCAUAUAGCCUGUAUUAUGUCAGAGGAAUGCAUGAAAUCUAUAACUAACUAAAUGUAUCAUUUUAUAUGAGAAAACUCAAUACUAUAAUAGAAAAACCACCAUGGGAGCGGUCACCUGCUAUGAUGCAUUUUCAGAUUCAGUGACCGUGCUUUAUGUGAGCUGGUGUUAACAUCAGGACCAAAUUAUUUUAAUGAUAUAAAAUAAAGGAGAUUAGACAUCACCAGAGUGAAUUUAUAAUGUCAUCAAAAGUUUUAAAAAUAAUAAAACGUAUUCUUUGUAAAAUAAGUAACCUCAGAAAUAGCCCGAGGAAAAAACAAAAAUAAUUUUAAAACAAACAUAACAACUGUCAUGAUAAUACAGAAUGUAAUCGGGUCUUGUCUUUUAAAUGAAAGAGCAUGUUGUGCACUAUUCAGUCGGCGCUUCUGUUUCUCCCGAAGUCUGCUUCAGGCAUAAGCUACACACACACACGAGCGCGAGGCAACAUGACGUUAUCGCGGAGUGGGCGGUCAUGUAUAUAGUUAAGAAACUCCCCUUCCGCGCUCGCGAUAACGUGUACGUGCACCAGGCACGUUCUCGCGUGAAUAAUUACGAAACAGCGCCCUCUAGUCACAGAUUUCGAUAGGUCACAGAUUUCGGCACACUUUGCUAAUGCUAACACAUUACUUCCUGGUGACGGAAGCAUUCUUUGAGAACUUGUCACAGACCUGCUACACGUAUAUUAUAUCUUCGUAAUAUUGAACCACCAUGAUUGUCGGGUGCCUUAUCUACCUGUUUGCAGUGUUGCUUAACAAAGUGUCUCUGGAGGUCUCAGUUACAGGCUAUGUUGGAGACCCUGCUGUCUUACCGUGUUCUUACACAGAAGAUAAAAAUAAAGUACAAGAAGUGUCUUGGAAGUACGAUCACAAAAAAAUUGUGUAUGAGUUUAGUCCAGAAAGUCCACAAAGUAAUAUGGACAGUGAAAGAUUUGAAUCUUUUCGUGAUGAGUAUGACAGUGGAAACUACUCUAUCAAAAUCAAGAAACUAGUAAUAACUGAUAAAGGCGUGUACACCUGCAUAAUCACACCAGCAGAUUAUGUUGCGAACAUAAAGCUUAUCAUCAAGGAACAGACCAAGAUCCAAGAUCCAAGCUCCAAAGGUGAAACCCACUGGAGCUUAUUACAGUAUCUGUUGUUGUUGAUGUUUAACUUUUUGUUGUUAUGAUUGUGAUCAUUCUGUACAUAAAAAUGGAUAUGUACGUCCCAUUAGAACAAUGUAUGCAUCCUGUCAAACUAUCCAUCCAGAUUACACAGAAUUAACUUUUUUGUCUAAGACAUUUCAGGACAUUACCCUUUCCCAAUGUUGUUGGACUGGUUGUAGUUGUUGUAGCAGAUUCUGAACAUUACACUAAUACUUUGUAUUGUACAAAACAAUACCAACUGCAAAACAGUUAAGCAAAAUAAUACCUUAUAGAGAACAUACUGGGUCUUUUGGUUUACAAAAACCAAAAUUUUAUGGAGAUGCAGAUUUCAUUUUCCAACAGGACUUGGCACCUGCACACAGUGCCAAAGCUACCAGUACCUGGUUUAAGGACCAUGGUAUCCCUGUUCUUAAUUGGCCAGCAAACUCGCCUGACCUUAACCCCAUAGAAAAUCUAUGGGGUAUUGUGAAGAAGAUGAGAUAUGCCAGACCCAACAAUGCAGAAGAGCUGAAGGCCACUAUCAGAGCAACCUGGGCUCUCAUAACACCUGAGCAGUGCCACAGACUGAUCCACUCCAUGCCACGCCGCAUUGCUGCAGUAACUCAGGCAAAAGGAGCCCCAACUAAGUAUUGAGUGCUGUACAUGCUCAUACUUUUCAUGUUCAUACUUUUCAGUUGGCCAUGAUUUCUAAAAAUCCUUUCUUUGUAUUGGUCUUAAGUAAUAUUCUAAUUUUCUGGGAUACUGAAUUUGGGAUUUUCAUUAGUUGUCAGUUAUAAUCAUCAAAUUAAAAGAAAUAAACAUUUGAAAUAUAUCAGUUUGUGUGUAAUGAAUGAAUAUAAUAUACAAGUUUCACUUUUUGAAUGGAAUUAGUGAAAUAAAUCAACUUUUUGAUGAUAUUCUAAUUAUAUGACCAGCACCUGUAUACUGUAUAUAACAAAACAAAAUUCAAAUGAAGCAACAUGAAACACAAACACUGAACUCAAUGCAAAUCUAUUAUAAUAAAAUGUUUCCAACACUUUGUGGACGUUCCCUAAAUUCCCAGACUGUAAGAAUGUGGGUGGCUUAGUAAACAUUAUUUUAAUUUGCUAAAACAUAUUUAUUCUUAAUUACAUUACUUUUUUAAUCGCUCUGCUUUCAAGAAUGAGUGUUUGUUUAAACAUUUUCUAGUUUAAAAUUAUAGUAUCUGAGUAAAUUUCACAUUACAUUUACUGUACAUUUGUUACACUGUCAUCUGGACUAUAUUUGUAAAAUAAGUGCAUAAAUAUAAAGACAUGA